AUGAAAGGUGAAUGGGGUAUUCAGUUGGAGUCUGACUUGUGGAAGGUUCUCUCGAAAGUUAAAGUCCCCCCAAGGUCGGGUGUGGGGUUACAGUUUUCUGCAGAAUCUACCUUUGUCGAUUGGUUUAAGGCAUUUCUGUCAGGGGGUCGAGUGGCUUUGGUGGAUGAGCUCUUGAUGGUCGCAUGGGGUAUUUGGAAAGCUCGAAACGAGCUUCUUUGGCCGGAUCGCCCUUCUCAGGCUGCGGAUGUGGUUCGAGUGGCAAGGUCGUGUCAUUCUAGUUGGCUGUUGGCUCAAGAGAACAGGUUUGAACUGCUGUUGUUUGAUGCUACUGUUGUUGGUAGCAGUGUUUGUUGGGAAAAGCCGCCUGUUGGGAAGUUGAAGAUCAACACGGAUGGGGCAAUUUUUGAGGCAACAACUCAAUAUGGUACGGGCAUGGUCAUUAGGGAUUGUCAUGGAAAGUUAAUCGAAGCUAGUGCCUCUUUGCAUUCCGGGGCUUGUCAGCCGGCUGUGGCUGAAGUAUUGAGCGUCAAGGAGGCCCUUAGUUGGUUGAAGUCGAAGAAUUUGUCCAAUGUGCUAGUUGAGACAGAUUGUAUUGCUGUUGUUCAAGCUCUUAAUAGCUCGGUUGCUCUUCCAUCAGUUUUUGGUUUGUUUGUUCAGGAGUGUCAAUUGAUUCUUUCUUCUAUACAUAAUGUUUCUAUUUGUCAUGUUAAACGAUCUGCUAACAAAGUCGCACAUUGA